CUCCCGCCCUCCUCUGCCCUUCUUGCCCUCGUACCCAAAUCAGUCAGUCAGUCCCCUACCGCUGCCAGCCGCCCUACUCACGCCAAAACACUCAUACAGCCAACUCUCACUCAACUGUUCAUCCUGCGCCAACUUCUGCCUGCUACACACCGGUUGCUCCCCUGCGUCUUUGCUCGCGCUCUUCUACAAAGUCCCCGUGUUCUGGAUGCUUUUGUAUCAUUCGGAUGCAGGAAUGACUCCUCGACCACUUCCACCAUUCCGUUAGCUGCUGUGAUCCCGGCAUGUUGGGUUGAUCAGGCUCGUGGCUCCGUUGUCCAGCCCCAUGGAGAUUUGGUCUCCUUCAGUCGCCUCAUUUUUUGGUCAAGUCGGGCCAAAAGAGACUAGGCUACCUAGGCUGCAUCCCAACCUACCGCCUUGCUCAUUUUGAUUGGCUACGCCACCCUCAGUCAUUCAUCAGCAAUGCCAUAGGCGUUCUUGCAGAGUCUCAGUCAAACCAGGCGGUGUUCUCGAGCCAUCAUUGAGCCUCUUGACCAUUGCUGGCUCUGUUCCCUCUUGUUCGUGUGGCCUCGCUUGCUCACUCUGUACUUGAGCUCUUCCAUACCCCGGAAUCUGCGCGGGUCGAGUCGAACCAAAACAAUAUAUUAACGACCUCUACCUCCGUUGCCCACCAUGUCGGAAAAGAAAUCUCGACCGCGUCAAUCGGUCUCCAAACCCGCGUGGCCGGCAAGAUCAAAUGUAUAUCCAGCACUGCCUCACCGCCCUGUCGCUCAGGUGGUCUCUGACUCAUUGCACCAGGCGUUUGUCUCGAUACCAGACGAGGGCGGUGCAUCUGCGUCUGCAUCUGCCCUACACUCAGCCUACUCAACGGAUUCUGUCUUGACAGGGCUGCAGACUCCUUUAUCCGCCAUGUCCUCUCCCAGUGACCACGUCCCUAGAAGCUUCUAUCCGUCCUCUGAUGCCCCAUUCCCGGAUUACGCUGGCUCUUUUGACCCCUAUCCAUUCCAACAUAUGCAAGGCGACUCCCAGUAUUCCAUUUCUUCUCCUGGCUCAUCGUUUCCUCCUCGCUUUGUGGACUCGUCUUCUGUUGACAUCGACGGUGUUACCAGUCACCAAAGCGCUACCGGACCAUGGACGCAUCUGGCUGCCACUGAAGGAACUCCUUCAUUGCUGCCAGGAACUUUGAACUCGGAUGAACCUGGACUGCCUUCUCGACAUCUGAGAACCCCCAUUCAAGAUCGUGCGUACUCUUCUGCUAGCGCACAGAAAUCUUUAGGAGACUCGGGCUACGAAACCCGAUCCAGGAGAUCUCAGCAUGAAGUCGACUCAGUGACGGAAGAGCUGACAGAAAUGGACGAGAGCACGACACCGAUACCCCCUAUACCCUUUCCCCUGUCGCAGGCCUUUGCCCUUGCCAAUUCUUCAACCAUUGCCCCUCGCACCUUGGACCCGGCCCCUCCAGAGUCCGGACGAUCGGCAACUCACCGAUCACAGCUGAGGAGUGGAGAGCUGGAGUGUUCGGAAUGUGGAUAUGCGGGCAAGACGAGGUCCGACCUGAAGAAACACAGCGCUCGUCACAAACGCGAGCACACGUGUUCCUUUUCGGACUGCCCUCGAAACGCCAGAGGGUUUGCAACUAUAAAUGACCUUGACCGACAUCUGAAAGCCGUGCACAACAUCAAUAAGCGGAAAAGCAGAUCCUACAAGUGUUUUGCUGAUGGCUGCAACAAAGCGGGAAAGGAAUGGCCUCGUUUGGACAACUUCAAGCAGCAUCUCAAAAAGAUGCACGGAGCGAGUAUGGUGGAAGUUCUGCUCCGCCAGUCCAACGAAUGGUAUGAGCAGCAACCUCAGCAAGCACAAGCUGACGAGACGGCCUCGCUUCCAGCGUCAGUCCGCGCACGUUCGUCGCAUUCGUUGCUUUCCGGACAAGGACAAUUUCCCGUUUCCGACAACAACUAUCCCGAUCCGAGCCCACUUUUCAACCCAAUGAUGCCCGCUCGCUCGCUAAGUCACAGUGGUCAGGUCGUCGACCAAGAUCUCACUCGGGCCUUGGGUCCAGCUCAUACCAGGUCGCAACAAAAUCAGAGUCGACCCAUGUCUGUGGCAGCCCACGCCCGCAGCCUGCAGCAACAGCGAGGCCUCCCGAACCUGGAUACCAGCGACCUUUCGUCUCCCACAGCCUACAUGCAAAGGGCAUGGUCACAAGCCGAAUAUUCUCGCUAUCAGGAUCUAUCACAACUCCCUCCCAACGUUACCAAUCAAAGAGUCAACUACCAGUUUUCGACACGUCCACCUCGGAAAUCCUUUGACACUGCUACCGAUACAAUGAGAUCGAACUUUGCAUUCGGCUAUGGACAGCUCGGGAGAUCGAAAAGGCCAAAUACAAUUGCGGUCCCGGACCUCGACCCGGAUCGAAUGGCGGACUUCAUCUCCCCCCAGGAACUGCCUCACGCCGUACCAGAUCUGAGAGGCUCACAGGAAGAAUUUCUUGGCUUUGUUGGAAGCAUUACCAACCCCGCCGCCACCGAUAACGGCCCAGGGCCUUCGCCGCACCAAAGCUACCAGGUGAACAUCAUCCAACCCGAGAACGCGCUCAAGUCUAAGCUCCCGAAGGCAAUUGAGGAAGAAAUCCGCUCAUUUUUAGAUUUACAUCGCUCCAAUGGGGGAAAUGAUGAGGAAUUUCUGAAUCAAUUUCGAGUGUCCUUACGCGGCAGCGACGUCAUGACGAGUUACACUGCCUCAUCUGUCGGGCAGGUUUCGAGGACUACCGAUGCCGAGCUGCCAGGCAGUUUCCGAUUGCCCCCGACAAAGCCGGCGCAGUUUCCUUGUCAGUAUGGGGGAUGUACAAAAGUGAUGCAAAGGCAAAGUGAGCUGAACAAGCACAUGAAACGUCACUGGAAGCCGUAUGGUUGUGUCGCCGACAGAUGUACCAAGCUCUUUGGCAGCAAAGACGACUGGAAAAGGCACGAACAGAACCAACACGAGCAACAAGAGUGUUGGCAUUGUGAGAGGUGUCUCAAGGUUCUUUAUCACGAUCCGUCCAACUAUAUCAAGCAUAUGCGGGAAGCUCAUUCGGUCUCACUACCUGAAGACCACGCCAAGCAGCGCCGAAUCGCGCGCAAUCACCAGGGCCGGUUUUGGUGUGGUUUCUGCAAGAUCAUCGUCGUACACACCAAGACUGACGUUGAUGCCAUCACGUUCCGCUUCAGUCAUAUUGCUGAUCACUUUAUAAAGGAACAGAAAUCCAGCAAGGACUGGAUUGAGCUUACGGGCAAUGGAAAGACCAAGGGGGAACUAUCUGAGGAGAGGAGGCUGCGUGAAGGCGUCGCAGAAGAAGAAGACGAUGUCUUGGAUGCCUCGCAGCCACCUUCCGAGGCGACUCAGCCCUCUCCUGAUCAGCAAAGCGGCUUCUCGCCAGUACACCAACCUUUCUCAACGCAACCGGUUAGACCUUCCAGCACUCAGCAGGACUCAUCAAGUAUGGGCCACAUGCAAGGCACGAAGCUACUGCCUCAAGCACCUGAUAUGCCCACGACGACCCAAAAUCAGGGCCAAGGUCAAAACCGAAACUCGAGCUCUCACCGCCGCCUUCAUCUGCGCAGUGCCACAUUCAUCAUCUGCUGCCAGUGCGGUGGGUCCAAUGCCUAUGGCCUAAGCGACCGCUGUAUGGAUCCAGAAUGUAAUCAAGUGUUCUGCGUCAACUGUACCUUAGGUGCUCGCAAGGAUGUGUCUUGAGAGUCUGACGGGCUUUCUCCCCGUCUUGUACGGUGUGAUGAUCACGACGGUUGGACCAUGUCAGCUUUUCUUACAUUAUUGUUUACCAUACCUCUUGUUUGUUCUAAUGUUUUGAUGUCUAUGAGCUGUGUCACAAUCAUGCUAAAAGCUUACUGUACACACGACAGCGUUGCUGGGUGGGUAAGGGUCGUGGAUGCUUUGGUUUGUCGUUUGUCUGUGACUCGGAUCGUAUCAUGAGUCCGUAACGGAGCGGAAAUUGGAAUUGCAGCGAAUCCGGUAUGUUUACUGGGUGGUGUAUACAUGGGAGGCAUGUGGCAUUGGGUACAUUGGGCAAUCUGUUGUGAUGGUCCCAGCCCACUGCGACUGGAGACGGUUCAAGCUGGGCCAGGGAAUUUGUUGUUUGCAUUGGCGUCGGCGUUGCUGUCGGGUGUGGACGUGGGUUUGGAAUUUGCGUUUCAUGUUAUGGGUUUCCUGAUCCCCCCCCCCCCCCCCCC